AGGAAUGAUGAUAUGGAAGGCAACCCACUUUUUGUUCUGAAUAGGAUAUAUGCUGAUUUGCUUCAUGCAAUGAAAGGACAGGAGAAGAAGCUUAAGGACUAGGCAUGAAGCGUGGGAAAAAAUAUUCUCAUUAUUCAAUGAUCAACACUGAGGCCCAGAACAAGAAAGGCAUGAAAUGGAUUUUUUCAUCAGAGUCUGGCAGGUGGUCUUUUUUCUCCUUUUCAGCAGCAAAUUCUGUGACUGCUACAGAGUCAGUUGUGUUGGAAAGUUGAUAGUAGACUCAGAUGUCAUCCACCUGGGCUCCAACUUGACUGUAGGUUGCCAGUCGAACACUGAGCACUGUGGCAGACACUUUGCCUUAGUCUUCAAUGGACAGACCAUUUUCGAAACAAUUAAUUGCUCUGUAAUAAAAACACAAAUAGUCAUCAGUCAGCCCAGUUUUUGGCUACUCUGCAAGGUGAAGGAGGGAGACACUUGGCACACUGUUUGCGGUCAAGACUUCAAGGCUGGCUACCCUCCAGGUAAACCGAAAUUCAGCUGCCUCACAUACCAAAAUUCAGAGUAUGUAAACUGCUCUCUGAUGGUCACAACUGAGACAUAUUUAUUUACAAAUUUCACAGUGACAUUUCAUGACAGAACUUCCCAGUUCUUCCAGUAUGUGAUGAACAAAGAUGGUCAUGUCUCUAUUCCACGAUCACUGUUUGUUGAGAACAUGACAUACAAAGUCCAUGUAAGAGGUCACAAUGCAUUAGGAGAGUCACACUCUACUUUUAACUUCUCGAUAUGGGACAUUGUGAUUCCAGGCACUCCAGAGAUAACAAGAGUUGUGUUUGAAAAUGGCACUCUUUCUCCUGCAAUAUACUGGAAUACCUCGGAAGAUACACUGAAACCAAUUUUGAGGUUCAGAGAAGCACAUGAUGACCAGGACUGGGGCUUGGGAAGUGUGAAGGAGCUCCUAGAUGGAUGUAUUCUGAUGCAGGAAGCCUUAAAACCAUUGAUACCCUAUCAGUUUGAGCUGAGAGUAUGCGUUUCUUCAACAAACUGCAGCAUGUGGAGUCAUCCCUUCAAUAUAACCAGCCCGGGAAUUGCACCCUCACACAAACUUGAUGUGUGGAGAGUCAUCAGCAGAACCAGUCCUCAUGGACCUGUGAAUGUCACAGUGUUGUGGAAGCACUAUAGACCAGAAUAUGACAGUGGAGGUUUGUUGUAUUACAAGUUAUCUUAUAAAGAAGAAGGCAAGAUCCACGAACUGAAUUGCUCAGCUCGUGUCAAUCAUCAAACUCUUCAGCUGAACACAGCCGCGGUUAAUGUCAGUGCUGUGACAGAAGCUGGUGCCUCCCCGCCUGCUCCUGUAAGCUUGACAUAUACAGGUAAACCAGCCCCCAUGAUAACACAUUUAGGUUCAGCAGCAGGGGGCAGUGUGCUUCUAGCAUGGGAUGUGUCUCAGUACAGUGAGGAGCUGAAGGGCAUUCUGGGUUUUGUUGUGCAGUGGCAACAGAGCCCAGUGCACUUAGAAUGGAAGAGAUUAGGAAAAGAUUAUAAUUGUACGUUUCUAGAAGGAAUGCGAGCCGGAGUCCUGUAUAACAUUUCAUUAUAUACUGAAGAAGCCAGUGGAGUUUCAGACCCUGCAUUUGUUCAGGUUUAUGCAAAGGAAGAGAAGCCUCAAGCUGGUCCAGAUGUAUCUAUUACCACUAUAGGGGAAAACCUGAUUUUGAUCCGAUGGGAAGAGCUCAACCAAGAAAAACAAAGGGGAUUUAUCAGAAACUACACCAUUUACUCCCAGAGACAUGUUGACAAGAGACUUCUUCAGAACCAAACUGUACCUUAUGCAUUUCCUAGAUCUUUGAGUUGGGAGCUGCAAGGCCAACAGGAGUGUUAUGAUAUCCUGGUCUCUGCAUGGAAUUCUGCUGGUGAAGGGCCGAAAGGACAACCUGCCACUUGCUGUUGUCCCAGCAAACUACCACACCAAACUGAUUCAUACAAGACAACAGGUGGAAUGAUAGCUGGAAUUUGUUUGGCUGCUGCUGUUCCUAUGGUGAUCCUGGCCAACCUGAUGUACAUGAAAUGUGUGCGGCAGAGAAUGAUGAAAAUGUGCAUGUCCAUCGGAGUCUCUUGGAUUUUCGAAAAUCUACCUAAAUUUGAUAACAGCUAUGCUAUAAAACUACUAAAGGAUGACAGCUAUGGCCCUUGGGGAGCUCUUCCUGGAGACAGCGAUCCUCCCUUAACUCCCGUUGAGGAAGUCAGUCUGUCUUUGGAGAGGCAAGACUCUUAUCCAACGGUGCUUCAUGUCACAGAAAUGCCAACAACAGACCAGUUUUGCAUUGAUUCUCCUUAUAAACCUCAGCUAUUGACAGCUUCACAGAGAAAUGAAGACUUCUCUGAGAUAACAGAGGAAGAGCUAAAAGAGGAGGACCAAUUCCCUUUGUUGGUGUCUCCAUCACAUCAUGACUUCAGCUGGGAUUUACCCUGUAUUCCCGUGAUACAUGGACGUCUUAAUAGCUUCUUAGCUAUGGAUGGAGCGCUAGGAUCUUUGGGCAUUCUUGAAGACCUUCUCGCUCCCCCUCAGACAGUCUCCAGUAAGGAUGGAGAAGUAGAAGAGAAUGAGAGGGUUGUGGAAACAGAAGUAAAUCAGAGCACUUUCACAAGUCAAACUGUACUACCCAUACUCCCCACAAAGGCUUUGUCAUAGUUUUUCAUUUCCAGAAUAGGGUUAGGCACAUUUUUAACAAAUAUCAUGUGGCAAGAU